AUAAGGGGUGGUCUUGCGUUUGUGGUGGAUACGAAAAAUGCCGCGCUUUCGAAAUUGGGUCAUUGCUACGUCACGAUCGAUAUAGACGGCAAGUGCACGCACGCCCUCUAAAUAUCAACCGCGGUACUGGUGGGCCGCAGUCCGCCUUAUCAACACAACAACAAAUCACUAUCAGUCUCGUCUCGCAGCCUGUGUUCGUUCAAAAACCUCUCGGCUCUCGGUCAGUUGAAGUCCGCUUGGAUUACUGGUUACAAGUUAAGUUAUCUAUGGCGAAUUUUUCGUCCCAAGUGUAAUAUCUUAUUAGUUAUUAUUAGCGGUAUCUCGUCUGCCGUCGUUAAUGGUUAGGUAUUUCAUGUGCGCACGAAAAACCAUCGAUCAAUGCGUACUCGAAGGAAUGAAUGACAAUCGUAUGAUACAUGCAGCACUAUAACUCGGGGUUGGCGCCCGACGUUCCGAAUACUAGGAAUUCACUCAUCAAUAUGCACCAAUGAUAUAGACCGCUAGAAUAAUGCAUUCGUCAUGUGGCCACUUCGGUCUUAUACAGGAUGGCUGUGGUGCUAUAUCAUCAGCCAAAAGCACCGUAGACACUGUACCUGUAUUCACCAAAAAGCCACCAAAUACUCGAAAACCAAAUAUUCCAGACGAAGAAGCAAAAAACUUUGAUAUUGUUAAAGCGACUCAGUAUGGACUGCUGAACCGUUGUAAAGAAAUAAUUGAAAGUGGUUAUGAUAUAAACAAACCAGAUCCUCAAAAUAUUUAUCUCCUACAUUGGGCAGCAAUUAACAAUAAGAUUGAUGUAAUUAAAUAUUUAAUUUCAAAAGGAGCAGCUGUAGACCCUGUUGGAGGUGAUCUACGGGCAACUCCACUGCACUGGGCAACUAGGCAAGGUCAUAUAUCUGCAGUAGUGUUAUUGAUGAGCAACGGAGCAGAUCCGUGUUUUUAUGAUAUUGAAGGACGCACUUGUUUGCAUAUUGCUGCACACUUUGGCUUCACAGCAAUUGCAGCUUAUUUGAUUGCCAAAGGUGUAGAUGUCAAUUUGAGAGAUAAAAAUGGAAUGACUGCUCUCAUGUGGAGUUCAUUUAAGUCAUUAGGACUUGAUCCAACCAAACUUUUAAUAACGCUUGGUGCUUCUAUGUCCAUACAAGAUGAUGUGCAUAGAAACACUCCACUCCACUGGGCUCUAAUUAGUCGGAAUCCAACAGCCAUCAGUAUUCUAGUCAUGAGAGGAUCACCAUUAACAAUUAGAAAUUCAAUAGGAUGUACUGCUUUAAAUUUAAUUCACGAGUCGAGAUCAGAGGUAUGGAUAGGAUUGAAUACAUUAAAAACUGUUGAUGAAAAAAUGAAACCAAAGAAUAUUUUAUUAAAAUUAAAUGAACAAACUAUAUCUACUACAAUCGUUACUAUAGCAUUUUAUGUGAUUGGAUUUGUAUUGGACUCUCACAUGAUUUAUGUAGCAAAAUUAUGUUGUUUGAUUAUUGGCUAUCUCAUUAUGUACAAACUAAACCGUACAUAUGCAUCAGUUUCCAAAACACUGCCUGUGUCAGUUUAUUUUGCAACAAAAUUUUGGAUGUACGUCACUUGGAUAUUUUGGAUUUUACCCAUCAUAAGUUUCUGGUGUUCAGUUGGUUUUUUUGUUACUACGUCAUUGUUGUGGUACAACUUUAUGUACAGUUGGAAUGGCAAUCCAGGAUAUGUGCCAAAUACCAAAAAUGAUCAAUAUAAUGCUAUCAUUGAAUUGGCUGAAAGCUCUGGAUUUGGUUCGGAUGGGUUUUGUAGUACAUGUUUGAUUAAAAAGCCAAUCAGAUCAAAACAUUGUAGUAUUUGUAAUAGAUGUAUAGCAAAGUUUGAUCAUCAUUGUCCUUGGGUAAACAAUUGCAUUGGUAUUUCAAAUCAUCGUCACUUUAUUGGAUAUCUUAUAUCAUUACUUGUAGCAUGCGGUUUUAUAAUUUAUGGAAGCAUAAAAUACCUGAAUAUGGCAAAUAAAUUUAAUGAACAAACUUUUCAUUAUAAUAUAUUUUAUGUUAUUUGGGAAGUUCUCAUACUAGAUUCUUGGGUCAGUUGGAUUAUGAUCAAUGCUAUUUUACAUUCGAUUUGGGUAUCAAUGCUGUUAGGAUGUCAGACUUACCAAAUUGUCUGGCUUGGUAUGACUACUAAUGAACGUAUUAAUGCUGCACGUUACGAACACUUUAUUCCACACGGAAAAGGAUAUAAGAGUCCUUAUAAUCGUGGUAAAUGUCAAAACUUGUUGGAUUUUAUCCAGUGUCAUUGUCUUGGUUCUAGAUUUUUAAAUGAAAAAGUAUGGUUCAAUUAUUGUGAUUUUCAAGUUUUUACUGAAAUGGAAUUGAAUUUUUCUGCUAUAAAACCCGAUUUGGAAUAUGUUUAAAUAUUUUGAUUAUAUUUUCAAUUAGCAAUAAAUUGCAAACUACUAAUUAUUAAUAAUAAUGUUAACAUGAAUAAUAAUUCAAUAUUAUUAAGUUUUUAUUGUAUGUUCAUUUUUUUUCUAUGUGAUUUGGCUUAAUUCCAAUAAUUAUUGUAUUGUAUAAUAUGUUAAAUUUUGUAAGAUUCAUAGUAUUUUAAAUCCGAUCAUGUAUGAGAACUGAUUAAAUUAAAAUAAUAACACUUAGCUUUUUUUUUUAUUUCACUAAUUAUUAAAUAUAAAAUUAAUUGAUUAUUUAUUGAUUUAUUGUUUUGAAAUUGUAUCCUGUGAUUUUAAAUGAGAAAAUUUAGUUCUGUAGAAAAUAAUUAUGUAUUUUUAUGUUUUUUGUGUAAGAAUUUACUAAUUGUGGCUAGCUGCUAGCAUACAAAUCAAUAAUUGUAUAUUUGUAUCAUUUUCAUAAGGUAACUAUAUAAAUAUAAAAUUAAUUUUUAAUUUCUGUUAAUGCCAUAUUGCCAUGAUUCACACAUAAUGACUUGGGCUUAGAAAUGUGUAUGAUUGUAUAUUUUUAAUUGGCUGUUAAAAAAAACGUUAGAUAGGUACACUACAAACUUAUACACUUUCUAAUACGUUCAAAAAUAAAAUGUUAUUUUGCAUAUUUUUCGUAAAAUUAAAUAGCAUUUUACUGUA